GCGCCGCUCACCUGCUGCGGCCGCGCCCGCUUGCUGGUGGCCGGCGGGGCGGGGGGUGGAGCGGCGGCCUCCUGCUGUGCGGCUCCCCGGCGGCGGCGCGAUGGUGUGCGGGGGCUUCGCCUGCUCCAAGAACUGCCUCUGCGCCCUCAACCUGCUCUACACGCUGGUAAGCCUGCUGCUGAUUGGAAUUGCAGCAUGGGGAAUCGGCUUCGGCCUCAUCUCUAGUUUCAGAGUUGUUGGAGUGGCAAUUGCAGUAGGAAUUUUCCUCUUCCUUAUUGCCUUAGUUGGAUUGAUUGGUGCGGUGAAACAUCAUCAAGUAUUGCUAUUCUUUUACAUGAUUAUUCUUUUGCUAGUCUUUAUUGUCCAGUUUUCUGUCUCCUGUGCCUGUUUGGCACUAAACAAGGAACAGCAGAGUCAACUUCUAGAGGUGGGAUGGAAUAACACUAACAGUGCAAGAACAGAUAUUGAGAGAAAUCUGAAUUGUUGUGGAUUCAGAGUUUUUGAUCUGAAUGAAACCUGCUCCUCUGAUUGUUUUAGAAGUCGCCAGUGUCAACCAUGUGCACCUAUAAUAGAAGAAUAUUCUGGAAUGGUGCUGAGAUUUGUUGGAGGCAUAGGACUCUUCUUCAGUUUCACAGAGAUCCUGGGAGUCUGGCUGACGUAUAGAUACAGGAACCAAAAGGAUCCCCGUGCAAACCCUAGUGCGUUUCUUUGAUAAGUUUAUAAAGGACUGAAUCUUCUCUCUGCACCCUCUACUUCAAAAUACUGAUUCUCCAUAGUUUGGUAUUUCUCCAAUAAUAGGGAUUCUACAUGUACCCAAAAGAAAACUUUAAUUUCCAUAAGAAAUUUGUAGUUUUCAUAUUUAAUUUCCCACUAUUUUUCUUCUAAGAAUCUCUACGUUGAAGUAGACUGGUGCAUUGAGUAGCUGGGCAAAGACAGACUGCUGCUCUGAGCUAGACUUCGGUAAUUGAUGUGGUGAACUCUAUACAGUGAGUUUUAUAGCACUACUGGCUUCUCCAAAAAAACCCAAAAGUAUUUUCUACUGUAGUCAUUGAUUACAAAAAUUCACAUGAUUUCGCAUUAAAAUGAUAAAAAUAUAUGGUGGGUGGUUGGACCGUAUGAUUUGAUUAGGCUUUAGGAUGAACUCUAGUCAACUUUUUGUCUUAAUAAUGGUCUCCCACUUUUGUGUUAAGGUAAAAAUAGAAGCUAAAGAUGUUAUUUUCUGUAGUGCGCGUAAGUGUAUGUUAAUGACUACUGUAGUCUUCACCCCUCCCUUUCCCUGUUUGUUUUGGCUUUCUGGUAGCUUUAGAAUUUUGUUGAGAAUAAAAAUUAUUCUUUACUUUUUAAUGGGUAUCUUCACUAUGAGAACAAUGAAUGAAGAAAACCAGGAGAAUGUAAUCUGCAGCUGAUUAACUUGAAACUUUUUUUUUCUUUGACAAGUGAAUGAAGUUUCGUAUUUGCACAAUAUCAGAAUCAAUAGUGGUCUGUCAUCUUUAAUGUAAGAAACUUGAUGUCUGGAAAGUUGUUGUACAGCUAUUUUUUCAGAUGAUGUAAAAUUAUUGUAAUAACUCAGCAGUGUAUACUCCUCUGUCAUCCAGCUAACGGUCUUGAUUUCAUGAGAGAUUGAAUGGUGUGUAAAAAAGGAAGAAAGAAAAGUAAAAAAAACAACAACAAAAAAAGAUGUUUUCCCGUAGUUUGUUUUUUAAAAAAAAAGAAUUAAAAGUUAGAACAGUACAUUAUCCAUGUAGUAGGUGUUGUCUGAGCUGAAGGAAAGCAUCAUCCCUCUUCCAACCUGUAAUAAGUGAUGAUCAGCUGGAACAUCAGACAUUUAAGUACCUGAGGUGCAUAAUGUUCCAUUUGUUUCUAAUCACACUGAAUUGCAGACCUGCACUGCACCUUUCCUUCAUUCAGUUGCUGCUUCUGGUGUGGUAGGCAGCUGCUGUAGCCUGAAAGAUGGCUCUGCAGGAAGAAAAGGGGAAGAGUAUUAAGGCCAUCUGCUAAGGAAUACAGCAUCUGAGCGAGAUGGAAAGGAAGACAGUGAGGGCAGACAGAAGUGAGUUCUCAUACGGUCUCCCUAGUCUCCCUUUACUAGGGAGAUGCCUCCUUGCUCCUACGAAGGAGGCAAAAAGAAGCUGAAAUACAUGCCCAUCAGAACACUUUCAGACUUUCAUGUGCCCAGUGCUCGUAAAGAAGGAAUUGUCUCGGGGAAGAGUUGAACCUGAAUGCAGAGGGAUGUCAAGAACUUGCUGAAGAGUGCAUCUCUUCAGGUGUAGCCGAUUCUUCAACGUCUGCUGUCAGCGCCAUCUCCUGGUGUUUGGUCUGUGAAUUACUGCUUCGUAUGUCAAGAAGUAUUGGUGUCUGUUUCAAGCAUGUACUUGUACAUUCAGUGUAAGAGACCACUCGUACUGAAAGACCUUAAGAGCCUUCAGACUACUACUAAAGUAUAACAUAAAUGUAUGCAGCUUUUUUUUUCUUCCCCAAGUUCUGUCCUGUUUAAGCAGCUAACCAGCCAUUCUCAAUAUGUGGCAAGAGGACAGUGAUUAUCUUGCGGCUGGCUGUCUUUAGCAACAGUUAAUUUUCCUAGUCUAGACAGGCUCCGUAUUUUGUACAUUACUGUAAUAAAUUAAAGGAGGUGUCUUAUGGAGAGGGUGUAUGAAGCUUAAAAUAAUACCACACUGCUGCUUCAAUUUUGACUUUAUUCCUAAUUGGUUUUAAUGCUUAGUUUUGGGUAGGUCUGGUUUCAUAAACAUGGUAGGUGAUAUUGGAGUGUAAAUGUGCAUCACUGAGAAAAUACUGAAAAUGUUACCACUUCAGAAACUCUUAUGUCUCAUAACAUGUGAAUUUGUUUUAGUAGUCAAAAGACAGAUCAGUGGAUUGUAUGGUUUGAUUAAAGUUUUUCUAUCAUAUUAAUAA